CAAGCACUACAGCCGUACGUUGACGAUUUAUUUCGAUCCAUUCUGACCGAGGAAAUUGAAAUCCGAGGUCUUCUCCUACCAAUCAAAUAUAUCUUCGACUUCUUGGACAAAGAAGCUGAAAAACUACACCUCGGAAAUUCUGAUGUUCUCCACACAUGGAAAAGCAACAGUGUACUUCUAAGAUUCUGGGUGAACAUCAUAAAGAACCCAGAGUUUGCGUUUGACAUUCACAAGAACCCCACGGUGGACUCUUGCUUGUCCGUCAUUGCACAGACUUUCAUGGCGGCCUUCUCCGAAUCCGACAAUCCAAUUGGAAAAGACAGCCCUAGUUGGAGACUUUUAUAUGCCAAGGAGAUCCCUGUGUACAAGAAGAUGGUCAGGGAGUAUUACAAGAAUAUCAGGUCGAUGCCUCCAGCCACCAAUCAGGAGAUGAAGGCACUUUUUGAUGAAUAUUCCACGGCCAAAGGGGCGACAUUCAACAUGCAUGAUGCAUUCGUGGAACUCUUGGAAUAUGCAAAAAAUGUCAGCCGCCAACUAAAGAAAGCCUUGGAAGCAGAAGAUGAGGAACUAGGAAAAGAAUUUUCGCGUGUACUCGAUCUUGAAUCAUCAUCGUGAUCCGUACCAAGAUGCAAAAUGAGACUUUCAGGAUAUGCACAAACGACGAAAAUUUCAUGCAUUAAUAUUUAUCUACGUAAAAUGGAAAUCCCACAUGAUCACUAAAGAGCUAUGUACGAAUAUGAAUGUAUUUAGCUGAGUCAAGACAGUGUCCGUGCAUCAGAGAAUAUGUUCAUGCCACAUUUGCUGCAUGACGCACUUAGGGCGUUUCGUGCUGAAGGCAUAACGGUC